AUGACGGACCCUGUACCUAUCGCAUCGCAUGCUAAAGGUACCCUGACGAGAAUUGUCACGCGUUCCGUCGGUCUCACCGUAUCGCCUCGAGUGCAGCAUGCCAGUGUGCAAACUUCGGUUCCGGAUGUACAUCAUUUGACCGAUCAUGAUGCCGGCUAUGUACCACUGAAAAUAUCCCAUCACUCCAAGAAGGUCCACAAAUGUGCAAGCGCGAUUGGUGCUCCCAAAGACAUUUUGGAUGCCAUUUUGGGCCCUCUGUCUGAACCGGCACAGUCCCAUUCUCUUGUGGCUUCGGUUAAUGAGGUGGACAGGGAGAGUGUACAAAUCACGGAAACCGAUAGUUGGCAGUGGCAUUCAAAUCCGGAAACACCGGACCCGCCCGAUUUCAUCAGUUCCACGCCUUCCCUGUGUCGGCGAGAUCCAAUGGACCAAAGCAGACCCGCAGGUUCAGGUGAUGUGCAUGUUCAAGACGACCCCGUAUCUCGAAGACCCGGGGCACUAUUCCACGAAACAGUCAGUCGCUAUUUAGAACAGACUGCUCCACAAGUGCGCGCCGCUCGGGUUUGGCUUCACGAUCCUAUUGUGAAGGAUUUGUACGAAAGACGUGAUCGAUGUCUGAUUGAUAUGAACGGCCUUUCCGGUCGACGCGGUAUCAUGCUAUCACUGCACACCUUGCUCGAACUUCGUCGCGACUGCGGACAGAUUGAUGACUGGAUGCAACUAUUGUAUAUGUUGCCCAUUGUCAUCAACGUAUACCACGUAUUGCAUACCACAGCUACUAGUGAAGGAAUUGAGGAAAUUUAUGCCGCUGGAGCUUUAUACAGUACAAGCCGUGUUUGCGGAGAUCAGUGUACACCAUAUGACAAUUUGAUAUUGGGUAGUGGUGGAAGACGAGCCUGCUGUCAGACAGAUGCAUGCAACAGUGACUGGGACACAGCUACGGGCGAUUCCCGCGGCACUAUCCUCAAGGCUGAUUCACUGCCAAACACGACCUAUCCAUGCUCCACAAGCGUUGCGAAUACCAUUCACGUUAUCACGGUGGUUUUGACUGCAUUCUGCUCGUUCAAGUUAUAG